ACCCACAGGAACCAUUACAGUUUCCAUUAAAACCAAAACAUUUCCCAUUAUAACCAUUAAAACCAUUACAAAUGACAAAUACAGAUGCAGAAUAUAAAAUUUAGAAUACAGAAUACAGAAUAUAGAAGUAUUCCCAUAAUGGUACUGUGUGUGUGUGUGUGUGUGUGUGUGUGUGUGUGUGUGUGGUGAAGGUGGGCGUCAUGUUUAUGAGUUGGUGCGAUACAUUUUCACAUUAAAACUCCAAACUUUAUUUUAUAUCCAGUACUAUUGACUCUGUGGGGCAGGUGAGAGAUCAUGUGUGUUUUGUGAGGUAAAUUAGAUCAGGCAAAUGUGUUCCCUCUUUUAUCAGAUGUACUGGAGAGCGAGGCAUCAGGGGACCAAUCAGGUGUGAGUUGAACGGGCACGAGAAGCCUGUACCUGAGAAGCCUUCACCUGUAAAUGCGCGAGCCCAAACUGAUACAGCGGACAGUGCCGCGGUCACGUGCAGCCACCUGGCCCUUCUCUAAAAACCUGCCUCUGUCAGUCUGGAGGAAGCUAAAAGAAAAACUGAAAUAAAAAUAAAAGACAAAACAAAGUGAUCAGUCAUGCUAAGCGUGAGGGUUAUGUUGUUAUUUUGUCUCGCUUUGCUCGGUGUUUCUCGAGCCGCUCCGGAGGACGUGUACAUCAAGGUGGUUCGCCUGCUGUCUCCGGGGGAAGAGUACCUGAGUGAAACCGCGCUGCAGUCCUUUUUCAAACUUCUGGAGAAACGUGUGCAAUGUGCCGGUGUGUCGUGUGAAAAGUGCUUGUCGGAGGAGAGUGUAGGGCAGCUGGUGAGCAACUACUCCAGCUCCAGUGGUGUGCAGGUGGAGGGUUUCUUCAGGUUGGCUGCUGGAUUCUCUCUGCUGCUCAGCUCCCCCUCGAACACCUGCACGGCCAUCACAGAGGGACGCUGGGAACAGGAGACGAGACGCUUUAUCCACAUGCUGUUGGACCACAGUGAGCACAGCCUGGAUGAGCUCUUACAUGAUAUCGAAGAGCAUUAUAUACCUGAACAUCACAAUGGGCACUGCCUCACUCUGACUGACAUCCUGAAAGAGAGCGAAGUGACUCUGCCUGACGGAGACCACCAUCACGCUGACCCUCACGCUGACCUCCAUACUGUGUUCGGUGUUCUACUCUACCACGUCUUACUGGGAGACUGCAUCACCUCUCACAGCCUUCCUGCAGAGGACUUCUUCCUGGAUUACAUAUUCAACCACUUUGGCCCAGAUCACAUCACUGUUCAAGACCUCGACAGGUUGAUGGGAGCUCUGAACCUGGGACAGAAUAAUGCUAAUGACCAUGAGCAUGACCACAGCCACAGGGCCCAUAAUGAAGACAUGAGACUCGUCCAACAUGAUGAAGAGGGCCUCAGGCAGAGUCGCGAUGAGCCUCGGGCCUCCAACAACAGCUGGGACAUGUUCUGUUUCCGUGCCGAGGAGUUGUUGAAGAUCUACCAGAUGAACAGCUCAGGACUGGACAGAGAUCAGUUCACUCGGCUGAGCCCAGCUCUGACCCAGCAGCUCCUUAGUAAAGCCUGUACUGAGACCAAACCCCCGACGGUGGUGUCCGACUCCCUCAGCACCACAGAGCGAUACGUGUACGCCACCCUGGCCAACGCGGUGAUCUGUCUGAUGGCCAUGUUCGGGAUCGUGGUGCUGCUGUGUACGUCCUGCAGCAGCCUGUUCCAACUGUGUAUUCAGUUCUGCAUCAGUCUCGCCGUGGGCUCGCUGACGGGUGACGCUCUGCUCCACCUCCUUCCCAUGUUCUUGGGGAUACAUGUGCACAGCGACGGAGCGAGUGAACAUGCACAUGACACUACGUACAUCUUUAAACUACUGGUGCUUUUGGGAGGGAUCUAUUACUUCUACCUGAUGGAGACCAUCUUCUCAAUCAUCACUCACAAAAACAAACACUCUCAUCACCAUGAAGAGGACGACGAGCCACACCACUGUGACCAUGACAAAGUCCUGCAGAUGUACCAGAGAGAGAAAAAGAGCAAUCUCUCCACAUCACAAGCAGACCUGGUAGAUGGGGAAAAAAAGUCCUUCCCAGAUUCAGAAGCAGCCCCUCGCACAAGAGAGCAGCGCCUCCUUCCGUAUAUGAUUACAAUCGGCGACAGCAUUCAUAACUUUGCAGACGGCCUGGCCAUCGGCGCCGCCUUUUCACUCUCCUGGCGCUCAGGAUUGGCUACAUCUCUGGCUGUGCUGUGCCAUGAACUGCCACAUGAGCUGGGUGAUUUUGCUGUGCUGCUGCACUGCGGCAUGUCGGUGAAGAAAGCUCUGCUGCUAAACGUGGGCAGCGCUCUGACCUCCUUUAUCGGCCUCUACAUCGCUCUCUCAGUCUCCACCGACUCUGGAGCCAAAGAGUGGAUAGCAGCAGUCACAGCAGGCCUCUUCCUCUACGUAGGACUCGCCGAUAUGCUUCCCACCAUGAUCCACGUGGACAGCGAGAGGCCAUGGGUGACCUUUCUGCUGCAGAACCUGGGUUUGCUUUGUGGCUGGGCCAUCCUACUGCUGCUCUCUCUGUACGAGGACAAGAUCGGCAUCUAGAGAACUGUUUUUUUGUUGUUGUUGUUGUUUUAACCCCUGAUGUUUAGUGUAAUUUAUGUCUUGCUUGUAGUUAAGGUUUUUAGAAAAAUACACUGCUAUGAAAACAGGUGCAAAGAGGGACCAAUACACAGUGGGUCACAUCAAUUGAAUUUGACGGGUGAUGUGGAUUUAGAAAGGGAACAGACUCAUAUUUGGACAUCAGAGUAUGACGAUUUUCGAGAAAUACACACAACCCAAUCGGGAUUGAACUGAAGACCUGCCAACCCAAAGAGAAAUAAGAUAUAUAUUUUUUUAAACCUACAAUAGUACCUUUUCAGUAUAGUCCAAGUCCUUAUACAAACCACUUGUCUAAUGUCCCUCAUGUCCCUUUAAACACUUUGGAAUGAUCAUUGCCUUUAAAAUGUUCGUAAGGUGUAAGAUGUUGAACGUCAUUGUAAGAUUAUUAAUCUUUUUUGUUGCCAAAAUGUUCAGCCUUUUUUUGUUCCUCUGACCUUUUUUUGGUUGGAAGGUGUUUUGGUGGCCAAAUUUCCCUGCAUCCCUACUAAACAGUUAAAUUUACUAUAUGGCCAAAAGUUUGUGGACACCUGAACAUCACAGCCGUACGUGCUUGUUGAACAUCCCAUUCCAGAUUUAGUUCUCCUUUACUGGUAUAAUAACCCCUAGUCUUCUGGGAAGGCAUUCCACUAGAUUUUGGAGCGUAGCUGUGGGGAUUUGUGCUCAUUCAGAGAGAGGAGGUACUGAUGUCGGGUGAGGAGGGCUGGGGUGCAUUCAGUGUUUCAGUUCAUUACAAAAUUGUUCAGUGGGGUUGAGGUCAGGGCUCCGUGCACUCGAACACUCGAAUUCUUCCACUCCAACUUUGGUAUGCCAUGUGUUCAUGGAGUUCUCUUUGUGCACGGGACGUUGUGAUGCUGGAACAGGUUUGGGCCUUCAGUUCCAGUGAAGGGAAAUCGUAAAGCUACAGCAUACAAAGACAUUCUAAACAAUUGUGUGCGCCCAACUUUGUGGCGACAGUUUAAGGGAAGAACCACAUGUGGGUGUGAUGGUCUGGUGUCCAUAUUUUUGAGUGUUAAAAUGCAGAACCUCUGCAUAAAAUCCAUAAAUAGUGAUGCUCCAACCGACCGGCCGCCAAUCAGCAUCGGCCGAUAAUCACAUUCUAUGACUCGAUCGGUAGUCUCUAAAUUUGGCCGAUCUCAGUCAUGUAAUCAUCAGUGUGGAAUUUUUACGAGGUCUCAAGAAACAAUGAAAAAUUCAUCUAUCUGCCAUGUAUUUUUAAAGGCCUAUUAAAGUGUCCAUUGUAGGGUGAAUAUUUGUUGUGCUUAUUUAUUUGAUUCUCAAUUAAAACAACAAUCUACAACAUUACUGUAAAUAAUAUAACCAAUGUAACAUCUGUGGUAUUAAAAAAAAAAAUUCUAUUUUUUUUUUGUCCCACUCUCAAUUCUGCCGUGACGUAAUAAAAAAAUUCAGAGGUGGGGGAAAGAGUCACUGCACUUUAGUGGAAGAUCAAGGAUAAAGAAGAAUGUUGCCUUUUAUGUGAUUCUGUACAGAUAAAUCAUGAUCAGUCUAAUCAAAGAUGAGCUAAGAAGGUAAAAAGAUUUGUUUUGAUUUCAGGUCUUUAAAACUACUGCUGUUUCCUUUUCACUCUUAAGAAACCUAGUCUUGACCCUGCUUUACUAAGAGCCCUGAUUUCUAAACCACCGUUUCUAACUAAAUCCUUAGAAAGUGUGGCAGCUUUAAUGUUACAACCUUUUGUCUGAACCUUUUAAAUCUGAACACUACACAGCACUGACUGUCUUCGAUAUGACUUACAUCAUUUCCUUCUCUGUGCAUAGCCUGGAGCUUUGAAUAUUUCCUUCCUUCUUGAUAUCAGUGCUGCUUUCAUUUUUUCUAACCUGGUCCUGGAAUUCCCAUGCUUGGCUCUUGCCUGGUUCAGAUCUUAUCUCACUAACAAACAUCAAUGUGUCAUCUCUGGCCAGAACACCAAUCUGUCACUGCUACUUUUACUCAAGGUGUCCCUCAGGGAUCAGUCCUUGGAUUGCUCUUUGUCGUUAUUUAAACACCACCCCUGGCCCAUAAUGGUCGUCACACUCUGUUUUCACU